AUGACGAGCAGCAGCUCCCGCGUGACCGCCCAACUGGAACUGAAGGCCCCUCCGUACCCACUGGUGACGCCCCGAACCUGAAAGCUCCUCCUCCCGAAGAUUUCUCAAGCGUCUGGCGUACUGACGACUCUUCGCCACUCCUGUUCUUUCUGGUUGCCCCUAGGAUGCUCUGGAACCGUACAUGAGCCAGAAGACGCUCGAGUUCCACUGGGGGAAGCACCACAGGGGCUACGUCGAUAAUCUUAACAAGCAGAUCGCAGGGACGGAUCUGGAUGGUUUAACUCUGGAGGAAAUUAUCGUCAAAUCCUACAAUAAAGGGAGUCCUCUCCCCACGUUCAACAAUGCCGCCCAGGCAUGGCGCCCCGUUCUACUACACUCUUUCUGCACUUUGUAGUGUUCUUAAAGAAUCUUGGAUAUAUGAUACUGGUUUAAGUUGUUGGUGACGCUCUGUACUUUUCCUUUUCAUGCUCAACUGGAUUUAUGUUUCUUGGGGCAUUUUUUCUGCCCCCUUUUCGUCUUGUUCACACUGCAGAUCUGGAAUCAUGAUUUUUUCUGGAGUUCCAUGAAACCAGGCGGCGGAGGAAGACCAUCUGGGUUGGUGUUGGAGUUGAUAGAGAGGGAGUUUGGUUCAGUCGAAGCGCUCCUGAAUGAGUUUAAGCAGGCGGCACUUACUCAAUUUGGUUCAGGCUGGGCUUGGCUGGGAUGUUAGUGAUUCCCACACAUUUUCCUCCUUUUUUAAUUUUCAGUAGUGGGAUACAGAUCAUCUUACAAAGUUCCUUUCGUUCGAUGGAGAAAAUUCGAUAUUCUUUUCUGAUUUGUGGAUCAUAUCCACCAGAUAAGGGGAAGAAAGAUGUUGAGGGAAUUGCUGUGAACCCUUCUGCUUCACCGGAACAUAAUAAACUUGUUGUUGUGCAGACUCCUGAUGCUGUGAACCCUCUUGUUUUGGACUUCUAUGUAAGUUUCUCUUUAAAACAUUUCCUUACUUUUAUGUAUCAAAAAAUCCCCUACUUUAUGUCUCUUACUGAUCGACCAUUGAUAAUUCCACCUUUUAAUUGCAUUACGGAGAAGGGUUGUAUCAUACUUUUGGUUAUUUGUGGAGCCUCCCUUAAUUUUUGAUAAUUAACAUAACAAUGAAAAAUGUACUCCUGAAGGAUAAAAGUUGAUCUAGCCAGCAGGGUGAAAGUAGAUGUUUGCUUCAUUCCACUUGUCUUGAUUGGAAACAGGUUGGAUUGCCAUUGUUCCUCUGGUAAAAAUCUCAUUAAUUUGAUCUUCUGAACAUACAGCAGGGCAGGUGUAGUUCCCAUAAUCCAACUCUCUUGAUCAUUUUAAAAUGGCAGCCAAUUUCUGUGUUUGUCCUGUCAUCCUUCCCUUGAUCAUUUUCAAUGUUCAUUGCUGCCUUACUUGUCACGGUAGAGAUUGAAUCGUUGCUUCAAUUGAGCCAAUAUGCCCUAAGAAAACUCUUGGCAGCCAUAAGAACUCACCAAGCCCAGGAACCAUUGCCUUGCAUUCGAGUUUUACUGUUCAUCUCGCACGAUACUUGUUUGUUGCUUCUCCGCGUGACUAACUUGCAUCCGUAAAAAAUGGUGAUCUGAUAGUUUACCCACCCCGUCUCAUUAUGGAAUCCAGCCCGCCCACUCUUACAUCACACUAUAUCCUUCAUUUUGGUGAAUUAUUGGUCUUGCAUAAUUAUAAUGUUGUCAGCAUAGACAAGCAGGAUGAUAUCCGGACCACAUCUCUUCCUGAAAAACAGAGCCUGGUCUUUCAACUUCAAAUAUCUGUAGCCAAAUCUGAUCGUAGCUUGUUAGAAGCACUGGUUCUAUGCUCUCUAUGCUUUUUUUCAGUUCAUAUAGAAUCAAUUCUGGAGUGGGGCUUUGAGAACAAAGGGUGCCGAUGACUAUUAGGAGUCCUGGUAGGAUUGAAAGUGUCUUUUUCCUUCAAGACACGGAGGGGAGUGUAGCAGAGGGACUGGCCUGCACCUAGCUAGCUAGUGUUGAUCAUGUUAUGCCCGACUGUUCUUCUCUUGUGUUCUUGAUACACUGCAAUAUUGGAACCAGAUGGUUUAGCCAUGAAAGUCUUACUGGUGCUGAUUUUUUAUUGCAGCCUCUGCUCGUCGUUGAUGUCUGGGAGGUAAUCUCGUUCACUCUUGUCCGUCUUCAGCACCACCUAGUUUAGUUGGUCGGAUUGUUUUUCUUGGUUUCUACGGGUUCAUCUAACUUUGGCAUUCUUUGAUAUCCUCACGGACAUGCAGCACGCUUACUACUUGGACUACCAGGUGAGUAAUCCUUCUGGCAGAGCUCAUUUGCGUGGAUUCUUUCUCUGGCCUGGUCUUCAGCCUAAUGAUGCGGGGGCGGGGUGGCGUUUGUCUGUCGAUGUUGCGCUGUGCAGAAUAGGAGGCCCGACUUCGUCUCCACCUUCAUUGAGAAGCUCAUCUCCUGGGAUGCAGUCAGCGAGAGGCUGGAGGAGGCCAUUGCCCAAGCCGCCCAUAGGGUUUUCUUAUCUUCAAGCCUCUAG